UCCCGUGGCAGAGGGCGAUUGGGAAGAAGUGCUUCCGGUGGCCUUGGACCAUUAAUCAAUAAACAAGGCUCCUAGUCUUGACCUAGUCGUCGACGAGGACCUGCCAGAGUCAGGCAGCCUCGUAUACCACUCCUGGGGCAGGGCGGACAAAGAUCUUACACCUUUACACAAUGUAUUCAUUUGAUGUUUAUUGGACCCAAAGAGACAUAUAUGCAGUGAACCUGGAGAAGUGAAUUAAAGACCGGUAGUAGGUUUCAUUGAAUGAAGCUUAUGGUCUCCAGUUGCCAGAGACGCAAACACAUACCAUUAGGGUAUCAUCUACAUUAAGCCCAAGAGCUCUUCUCUGCUUGCUCUAAAAUGCUGAGGUACUGGGGAGAGAUACCAAUACCGUCAGGACAGACCAACAGAAGUUCCUUUGAUCUGCUCCCACGGGAGUUCCGUCUGGUGGAAGUCCAUGACCCACCCCUGCACCAGCCCUCAGCCAACAAGCCGAAGCCCCCCACGAUGCUGGAUAUCCCCUCAGAACCAUGCAGCCUCACCAUCCAUACCAUUCAGUUGAUCCAGCACAACCGACGUCUGCGCAACCUUAUUGCCACAGCUCAGACCCAGAGUCAGCAGCAGACAGAGGGGGUGAAGGCUGAAGAGAGCGAACCUCUUCCCGCCUGCCCUGGCUCACCUCCUCUCCCUGAUGACCUCCAGCCUUUAGACUGUAAAAAUCCCAAUGCUCCAUUCCAGAUCCGGCACAGUGACCCAGAGAGUGACUUUUACCGUGGGAAAGGAGAACCUGUGACUGAGCUGAGCUGGCACUCCUGUCGGCAGCUCCUCUACCAAGCAGUCGCCACAAUCCUGGCCCACGCAGGCUUUGAGUGUGCUAAUGAAAGUGUCCUGGAGACCCUGACUGACAUAGCACAUGAAUACUGCCUCAAGUUCACCAAGUUGCUACGCUUUGCUGUGGAUCGGGAGGCCCUGCUGGGGCAGACUCCGUUCCCUGAUGUGAUGGAGCAGGUUUUCCAUGAAGUGGGCAUUGGCAGUGUGCUCUCCCUCCAGAAGUUCUGGCAGCACCGCAUCAAGGACUAUCACACUUACAUGCUCCAGCAGAUUAGUAAGCAGCUCUCGGAAGAAUACGAAAGGAUUGUGAAUCCCGAGAAGGCCACAGAAGACACUAAACCUGUGAAGAUCAAGGAGGAGCCUGUGAGUGACAUCACAUUUCCUGUCAGUGAGGAGCUGGAAGCUGACCUUGCUUCUGGAGACCAGUCCUUACCCAUAGGGGUCCUCGGGGCUCAGAGCGAGCGCUUCCCAUCCAACCUGGAAGUGGAGGCUUCACCACAGGCUUCAAGUGCAGAGGUAAAUGCUUCUCCUCUCUGGAACCUGGCUCAUGUGAAAAUGGAGCCUCAAGAAAGUGAAGGCGGCAAUGUGUCUGCGCAUGGGGUGUUGGGCAGUGAUGUCUUUGAGGAGCCAAUGUCAGGCAUGAGUGAAGCUGGAAUCCCUCAGAGCCCCGACGACUCAGACAGCAGCUAUGGUUCCCACUCCACUGAUAGCCUCAUGGGGUCAUCCCCUGUUUUCAAUCAGCGCUGCAAGAAGAGAAUGAGGAAGAUUUAAUCCAGACCUAUAGCAGCCAGCAGAAAGCCCUGAUGGCUGGAUUGUUUCCAUAAGUAGUAAUCAGAUUCUAUUCUUAAGUGUAGGCCUUCCUAAUUUCAGAGACAGUUCUUAACCUAAUAACAGUUCACUUUGGCAUCGUUUUUGUAGUUUUUGAAAAACUAAGCCACCGUUCACAGAUGGAUUGUGAUACUGGCCUGGUAAUCAGACCAAAGUACCAUCCCCGGCUGGUUUUAUUGUGGGACAACACACAUCUCAGCUCCUCAGCCAUGUCUCUGGCACACUUGAGAAUAAUCAUGCCACUUUGAUGCUCCUUGCAGAGGUGGGACGCUGAGGUGCUUGGCUUAAACUUCAAAGCUUGCAUAUAUUCAUGUAAAUAUAUGCAACUAUAGACAGCAGGGACUCAUCCAUCUACGUUGUGUUGUCAUUGGGAACCCAGUAGUAAUAUAGUCAAUAGCUAAGCCUAACAAAGCUUAUCAGUCAGAUUUCAAACUAUUUUUG